AUAGAUAUAUAAGGAGAGGGAGAUCCUAGCUUAAGACAAAGACAAAGCCUUAUUGUUUAUCUCAGAACCUAUCUCAAAACCACCUACACAAACGUUCAAUUGCAUAUAGUUCAAGAAUUAUCCAACCAAAUGGCACCAGCUCAAGCAUUAAUGGAAGACAAAUUUAUCUUACAUUGGCUUGAUGAAUCCAGAUCUCAUCGGGUUUUAUGGUUACUCGAUCUACUUGAACUAGAUUAUGAAGUGAAGAUAUAUCUAAGGCAUCCAGAAACUUGGAGAGGUCCUAAAGAAUUAUUUAAUGCUCACCCUACCGGAAAAUCACCAAUAUUAGAUGUUUUCUUUGCUGAUGGUAGUGAACCAAUGAAAUUAGCAGAAACUGGAUUUAUAAUGCAAUUUCUUUUACGUAAUUAUGAUAUCAAGAAAAAGUUUACUCCCACAGAUCCAAGAGAUCAAUUAAGAGUCGAUUACUAUUUACAUUUUGCAGAAGGUUCGUUACAAAAUCUUUGGCUCACAUUACUUAUAAAUUCGGUUGCUAAAGAGGUUGCACCAUUUGGCCUCAAAAAUGUCACCAAAGUGAUAUCUAAGGGUCUAAAUAAUGGUUACUAUAUUCAUGAAUUUAGAUUAUUCAUAAGCUAUCUUGAGAAAGAGUUGGAGAAGGUAGGUACUGGUUACUUUGUAAGCGAUCAUUUGACUGGGGCAGAUAUCAUUUUAAGUUUCCCUAUUUACGAAAAUAUAUUCGAUAAUCUUGAAGGAGUUAGAGAAAUUACACGUGAGAAGAGAGAUAUGACCAAGUUAUUUCCACACUUGGCAGCUUGGUCUCAAAUGAUUCGUAAUGAUCCCUCAUAUCAAAGGGUAACUGCUUAUAUGGAAGAAAAGGUGGCUGAAUUAAUUCAAACAAAUCCUAAAUUUACUUAUCAACAUCGUUAAUAAUUGAGCCAAUAGUAAG